AUGCUCACCUCAGCGGCUGUUGCGCUCCCCCUGCGCUCAACGGCUACCAUCCCCGCGGCCCUUUCCUCCGCGCGCACCCGCGUAACCCCCGCGCUCCAUGCGCGAAUCACUGCUUCGCGCGCUCUUCCCCGCGUUCAACGCACGCUUGUUCGCGCGAAGGCGAGCGAUGAGGGGAGCAGCACGGCGGAGAUCGUGGGGGCUGUGAGCGGGCUGAUUUCCGUUCCCGUGGUUGCGUGGUCGCUCUUCACCCUCAAGACCACCGGCUGCGGGCUGCCCCCGGGGCCAGGCGGCAGUUUGGGCGCGCUGGAGGGAGUGGCGUACCUGGCGAUAGUGGGGCUCGUGGGGUGGUCCGCGUACACCAAGGCCUCCACCGGCAAGGGGCUGCCCAACGGCCCCUACGGGCUGCUGGGGGCGGCGGAGGGGCUGGCGUACCUGACGCUGCUGGCGGCCGUGGUGGUGUUCGGGCUGCAGCUGCUGGACUACGGCUACAUUCCGCCGCCCGUGCCCGGGGAACAUCUGUCGCGCCUUGUGCCUUCCCUCCUCUCUCCUAUCACCUUCUCUCCCCCUGACACCUUCCCCUCCGCCCUUCACCUCCUCAAAUUGCCCUCUCCGCCCAGGAACUUCCUCUUGCGCCCAUCUCUGGGUUCUAUCAUCGCCACCCUCCCCAUUUCUCUCCCUCCCCUCCUCCUCUCUUCCCCCGUCUGGCCUCCCACCACCGCCUCUCCCACCAUUCUCUCGCUCUUCGCGCUGCUCGAAAUUCGCCCUGCUGCGGCUCUCUGUUCCCCGUACCGUGUCCUCCUUCCCGCCCCAUCCCGUGUCAGCGUUUCUCUGGUGGUGGGGAAGACAGAACGAAGGAACGCCAAACAUCGUUUGGGAUUGAAUCGGGCCCUAGUUUGA